CUGAGCGUUUCGUUCGCUCAGAACAGGUGAGUCAGGAACACGCUGAGAGAGGUGUGCUGUGUGUGUGUGGAGCGAUUACAUCCUUCCCAGUUCCCAUCCUUCGCUGUGCCGCUGUGGGAAUAGGAAGGUGCUGCUCCUGAGCUUUUCGGAUUUUGAUAAGAACACCCCAUUAUAUAUGGACUUCUCAGAGUGACGCUAAAAGCACUCAUAUCAUAGCAACAAGUAGAACUUACCGUGGAUUCAACAUGUAUAGCGCAAAUUACAUAAGCCUAUCCAUAGGCUUCUUCAUUACUGGUGUUAUGUGUCAGAGUCAGCCUGGAUGCGUUGACGUAAGAAAUGACUGCAGUACCCUGGCUAGAAAUGGCUUAUGUCAGUCGCAGAGAGCACAGAUGUUUGAAUCCUGUCGUUUCACCUGCCAGUUUUGCACACCCCAACCACAGGUUGUUGGACAAGGAAAUGGUUCUGGGAGCAUUCGUUGCGAAGACAGAAAUGAACGUUGCGGAGUCUUGGAAAGACGGGGACUGUGUCGAACUAUGCCCCAAAUGAGAUGGUUGUGUUCAAGAACUUGCCAAUUUUGUGGGGAUUCUCGACCAUUGCCGUCAAUAAUAAAUCCUGAAUUCGACUGCGGCCGUCCCUACCCUAAAAGAAAUGGGGGUGUCGUCGCAAGAAUUGUGCGCCAGGCUCCUAACACACAGCAGCCAGGAACCAAUGGUGGGUCACAAGGAACAGCUGCUCCAGCAACAGUAGAAGAUGCCAUUUGUGGAGCCACAGUUAUCCAUCCGCGGUAUUUGGUGACAGCAGCCCACUGUGUCUUAGACCCAACACGACCAGUGAGAUCGGUGAGGUUGGGAGAACUCGAUUUCUCCCAGCACAACGAGACCAAUUCCCGCCCAGUUGAUUAUGCUGUCGAAGUGAUCACCGUCCACCCUGAUUUCGAUCCUAAUCUCGUGCAAAGAUACAACGACAUCGCUCUCAUCAAGACUGCGAGGGACAUCGAAUUCAACGAGCUUGUUUAUCCCUAUUGCCUCACUGCCGAACGACCUCCACCCAAUGCAGUCGUCUCGGCCUCCGGAUUUGGCAAAGUCAAUCAGACAUCCAGGUCUCCCAUUCUUCAAGAAGCUGAAUUGAAAGUAAUUAGCUCAGUCGACUGCGAGGCCUCUUUUCAACAGCUGAAAUUCGACGGUGUUCUCAAGCAACGCUACCCCAGUCUCCUUCAGGGUCGAGACACCUUGUGCGCUGGGUUUCCUGGCAAAGGGCCUUGUGAGGGUGAUGGUGGCGGACCACUCUUCCGCACAGACCAGAAUGGGCGCAGAUUUCUAGUCGGUGUGAUAAGCAUUACAUUGGGUUGCAAAGGUCCGCAAUCUUUGAACCUCCCUGGGGUCUAUGUCAGCACCUCAGAUCAUAUCGGUUUUAUUGACAGCGUUGUUUACGGAUUUUAGCGAUAUAUGACUGCUUUCUGCACUAAACGACAUAUUAUAAUAUCUUUUCCUAGUACAAAUAGGCCUACGAAAGCUUGAUCUUAAAGACAAUGUAUAUUUAUGAGAGCUAAAAGACUAACUGCACAAGGUGUAUGUAAAUCAGUUAUAUUUGUCAUUGCGUUAUGAUCAAUAAAGGCGGAAUGUAACACGUUGAAAAUUUAUUGUAUACAUUAUUUCACCAGGGCAAAAACUGACCCAUAAAUUGCGGUCGACUAAACCUAAUCACAUAUACUCACAAAUACAGACUGUUGCUAUAA